AUGCACAUCGAUUUCGCAAGGGUAAAUGACAUCUUGGGCUUACCUUCCUCGAACACAUUUGUGGCUUUCGAUUCACUGCUUGCCGAGUUCAACCAUGAGACCUUUUGGAUAGAAAUUACUAGAGGGAUCUUUUCAUGCGCUAAUCCCAAUAAGGCAACCUCCAUCAUUCACCCAUUCCUCUGCAUUACCCAUCGUAUCUUUGUGUGCACUGUCUUUGCCCGUAAAGAAGUCGGUCAAGUCAUGAAGAUUAAGUUAUUCUUCCUUUGGUGCAUGACACGACGUGAAAACCCUCCGAUCCCAGAUUUUUCCUCGUUCUUUUUCUAUAAAUGUGCAAUCAUGAAAACCAAAGCAUCCGAUGAUAUUUUCAUUGGAGGAUUUGUCAUCCUUUUAGCCUGCGGUCUUGACAUCGAGCUCCCAGACGACCACACGCCUAUAGACAACAAAAUUCUUUUCGAUGAGCGUGUUCUAACAAACAUGCAUCACAUCUGUCAUAGCAGUGGAGGCGGUUUCAAAUGGCAUUGUCCUCAAGGGGUCGGAUAUCUUAUUCUUCCCGACCCUUGA